AUGGUUCACGCAGAUGCGUCUAGUUUUGCCUCCAAUGUCACCAAGGAGGAGGCCUACAGGCAAGUGCUUGAGCAGGCCGAAGGGCUGUUUAUAGACCAAAGAAACUGGUUCCUCCCUCUCCUUGAUCCUAUCAGCAAUCUCGCCAACACCGCCUCCCUCCUCUGGCACGCCUACAAAUCGCUCCCCUCGCCGAGUAACCAAGUAAACUGGGCCGGCUUCUACACCCUCGACCCCUCGACCCCCCAACAACUCAUCCUAGGCCCCUUCCAGGGCAAGGUAGCCUGCCAGACCAUCGCCCUCGGCCGGGGCGUCUGCGGCACCGCCGCUGCCGACCGACGCACCCAGCUCGUCCCCGACGUCCAUGCCUUCCCCGGCCACAUCGCCUGCGACGGCGACACCCGGAGCGAGAUCGUCGUCCCCGUCCUCGCCUCCCCGGGAGACCAGGACGGCGACCAGCGGCUGGUCGCCGUCCUCGACGUCGACUGCAUCGCCCGAGACGGCUUCGACGACGUCGACCGGGAGUGGCUGGAGAAAUUGGCCGCUCUGGUUGGGCGGAGCUGCGAUUGGUGA